UGACGUCGUUACGCCUUGCUAGAUGAUUGGCGAGGUAAGAUGGCGGCGCCAGAGGAGCCAGAAUUAUCUCAGGCGCAGACAGAAAAGCUGCUUCAAUUCCAGGACCUGACCGGGCUGGAGUCUAUGGACCAGUGUCGUCGAACACUCGAGCAGCACAACUGGAACAUAGAGGCUGCAGUCCAGGACAGACUUAAUGAGCAGGAAGGAGUACCCAGUGUGUUUAACCCUCCACCAUCCAGACCAUUACAGGUCAAUACAGCAGACCAUAGAGUAUAUAGUUACAUCGUCUCAAGGCCACAACCCAGGGGAUUAAUAGGAUGGAGUUACUACUUGAUAAUGCUCCCAUUCAGAUUUACAUAUUACACACUUCUGGACAUAUUCAGGUUUGCCCUGCGUUUCAUCAGGCCAGAUCCUCGUGGCCGUGUGACAGACCCAGUCGGAGAUGUUGUGUCCUUCAUUCAUAGUUUUGAGGAGAAGUAUGGUCGGUCACACCCUGUAUUUUACCAGGGAACAUACAGCCAGGCAUUGAAUGAUGCCAAACGGGAGCUCCGCUACUUAUUAGUGUACCUUCAUGGGGAGGAUCAUCAAGACACUGACCAGUUUUGCCGCUCCACGUUAUGUACAGAAGAGGUCGUAACCUUCCUCAACACACAAAUGCUCUUUUGGGCAUGCUCCACCAGCAAGCCUGAGGGCUACAGAGUGUCCCAAGCAUUGCGAGAGAAUACCUACCCAUUCCUGGCCAUGAUAAUGCUGAAGGACCGCAAGAUGACAGUGGUGGGCAGGCUCGAGGGUCUCAUUCAGCCAGAGGACUUCAUCAAUCAGCUCACAUUCAUCAUGGAUGCCAACCAAACACAUCUGAUGUCAGAGCGCCUCGAACGGGAGGAGCGGAACCAGACCCAAGUGCUUAGGCAGCAGCAGGAUGAGGCCUAUCUUGCCUCCCUCCUUGCUGAUCAAGAGAAGGACCGAAAGAAAAGGGAGGAGGAGGAGCAGCUGAGGCAAGAGGAGGAGAAGGUCCUACAGAGUGCUCUUGCCGAGGAGCGAAGACGACGAACACUCGAAGAGGAGAAGGAGAGGAAGUCAGAAUGUCUUCCCCCGGAGCCACCUGCAGAUGAUCCUGAAAGUGUCAAAAUAGUGUUUAAGCUGCCCAAUGAUACAAGAGUAGAGCGACGAUUCCUCUUUGGGCAGUCUUUGACGGUAAUAUACGACUUCCUCUUCUCUUUGAAAGAAAGCCCAGAGAAGUUUCAGAUAAUUACAAACUUCCCUCGUCGAGUCUUGCCCUGCCUCCCGACUGAAGAGCAACCCAACCCUCCCACACUGAAAGAGGCGGGACUCAGUCGCUCUGAAGUCCUUUUUGUUCAGGACUUAACAGACGAUUAAUAGAUGACAUACCUCCUGUACAAUGGAAACACGUUUUCCUACAAUGCCCAACCACCCCCUUUUUUUCUUUUUCUUAUUUUGUUAAAUGGCCAUUAUGCACAAGUGAUCAUUGAGAUAAAAUCAUAACCUGGAAAAUUGUAAUCACCUCGCAUCCAGUCCUUGUUUGGUUGUGUGUACAGGGUUCCCAGUAGCCUGGAAAGUCUUGAAUUUUAUCAAAUAAAUAUUUCUUGAAGUCCUUCCUCGAACUCCUCUUUGUAUCCUUGGGGACAAAGAAGUUUUUUACCUAAUUCCUCUACUAGCUAUCAAGUAAUUCUUGUCCUUCCUCACCAGUAACUUUUGCAGCAAAGGAUAAAUCAUCUACUGAAAUGUACUGAAACAGUAGCAUAGCUUUGUGCAAAACUAGAACCAUAUCCCAAAUUCCUUAAUGUGUGAUCAUUGUAUUAAUACCUACUGACACACACAGGAUUCAGAAUGGAGAAGUAUUGAUUUCUAUGAUAGUGUGAAUGCAUUCGCUAUUUCUAUGUCAAAGACUUGAUGUUUGAGCCAUGUGUCCAAAUUUAAUUGAAUCUUCUUUGCCCCUUAGUUUGCAUGUUUCCUCAACAAUGAUUGUCAAGCACAGUACAUGUCUUGAGUGGUUGGCAUUGCUACGAUUGUUAAUGUAUGUGGUGGGGAGAGCAAAUGUACUACUAAGGAGCAGGUUGGUGGAUUUGGACAUAAUGGAAAUAUGGGAACCCUGUUUUAAAUGAGCCAUGACCUGUACAUAAGUUAAAUAUUUAAAAUCCCUACAUUUACCUUACAUUUUUUUUUUUAUGUUUUUUUGACUUGUCUGUGUCAUAAAAUGACCAAAUGCAGGUUGUUUACUAUGUGAAGCAGACUGCCUCAAGCUAUUGAAGUUUAAAAAUACAAUACUAAACAGAAGCCACAGCUUUUCCAUGUGGCUUUAUCUAGGAAAGUAUGAGUCUGCCCAUAGUGUGCCUGUGGUUACUCAUAGAUGCCUGUUUUGCCUGUAACAUCUAAAUGGGCUCAUGAAAAGAUGUAAUUUUCCAACUAUAAAUUAAAGAAUUUAAAAAA